UAAGGACAGAGUCCAGGGCACAGCACUACACUACACCAGCACUUUAAAAUUGCAGGCCAAACUUUUGAGGCACAGAGAUGACGCAGCUUGGAUAUACUGCCAUUCUGGUAUUAUGGGCGUGCUCCACUGCAUUAGCUAUUUCAUGUGGUAACAUAGAAAAUGGGAGGGUAAAGCCAAGUUUCUUCUUCCAGAGAAGAAAAAGAACAUUUGAAUGUAAUGCCGGGUAUAUAGCAGAAAAUGACAACAACAGAAUUGAGUGUACUUCUUCAGGAUGGUCUCCUGUACCCAGAUGCAUUCCAAUACAAUGUGGAAGGAUAGAAAAUGGGAAAAUAGUGGACAAAGUUGAAGAGAAAACAACCUUUCGAUGUAAUCAUGGAUAUAAAUCUGCAAAUGGAAUUAAUGAAACUACCUGUACCUCUGAAGGCUGGUCUCCAGUACCUAUAUGUACUGUUCAAGAGUGUCCACAUCCACCUGACAUCGAUUUGGCAGAAAUUGUCAGUGGGGAGAAAGCAGAAUAUCGGGAGGGUGAUGUUGUUCAGUACAGGUGCUACCCAGGAUGUACUCUGGCAGGAUCUGAAAGGAUAACAUGCAAUGGAGAAAAAUGGACACCUCCACCAAAGUGCUUGGCUCCAUGUAUUAUCGCAAGGCAACAAUUGGAAACAAAAAAAUUGCUUCUGUCUAAUGGCCGAAGACGUACAGUAUUGAUUCAAAGUGACCAAACAAUGGAAUUUCUAUGUGGUGAACAUUCUGACCUUAAAAUCCCCUACUUCAUCAAGUGUGUAGAUGGGCGUAUGGAUUUACCAACUUGUAUAUCUGGAACUGGGGAAAAGUGUGGCCGUCCACCUACUAUUGAGAACGGAGACAUAACUACUUUAUCCCUAAAAGAGUAUGCAUUUGGCUCUUCGGUAGAAUACAGAUGCCAGCAUUAUUACAUAAUAGAAGGAGACCAGAAAUCAUACUGUUACAAUGGAAUCUGGACAAAAGUACCAGUUUGUUUAGAGCCAUGUGUUAUCACGCAAGAAGAUAUGAGAUCACACAACAUAGAUCUAAAGGGGGAGUCAGCUCAAAAACGCUAUGUGUCACAUGGAGAUUUUGUAGAGUUUAAGUGUAGAUCCAGUUUCUUUCCAAACUCUUCAAAUAAUUAUAGAGUGCAGUGUAAUGCGGGCCAAAUACGUUAUCCCCAAUGCACUUAGAGAUGGGUGAAUGUAGGAGACUUCAUCACAUGUGAAUGGCAAGUACCCUUUAUUACUACGCUUAUCAGUGGUCCCUCUGAAAUGGAUCCCCAGGGUUUUAUCAAUCAAACAAGAACUACCACCAGAUAGCAGUCACUCCAGAAAUGAUAUAAGCAACAACUAAUUCAUGUUAAUUAAUGCUAUACUGAUACUUUUGGGUGUGCCGCUUUUUAGGAGUAAUGCCUCCGGAAAUAAUCACAGCCAAGAUGGUGGCAGACAUAAGCAAUCCUCAAAUAGAUCAAACAAAAGAAUAUAAAUUCCAGAGGCCCUUUAAAAUGAACUGCAAAGAAAAUAAAAUUGGCGUUUGUGCUCUUUCUUGCUUCUUUAUGGUGGCUAAUGGCAGUCUAAAAACUGGAUUUUUCCCCCCCUUCCUUGGAUAUUGCACUAGAAAUUGAGACCUAGUUUAGAAUGGAAGACUAAGAUGAUUGGAGAAUAAGCGUAAUUGUGACAUCACAAGAACCAAGCGUGAAAAUUAAGCAAAUAAAACAGAAUGUGAUUUUUAGUCA